GGAGGGGUCCCGCUCGGGUUCGGUGUCCGUCGCGUCUCCUCGCGCGCUUCCCGGUCCGCACUGUGCCGCCUCCCGCUCUCGGGCAGCGUGGGGAGCUCUCGGCAAGUGAUCCCGUGUGUAAUCCUUUCUGUGAACGGUGCUACAGCAGACUGUUAUGUGUGUCAUGUAAGUACCCUGGAGGUCCUUGGAAGACUUUUAAGAAGAUACUGAGCUUUUCUGGCCCUAAAUGGCUACAGAAUCAAGAAAGCUUUCUUCAGCCCCAUCUCCACCAGACCAGGCUCCUGAAGAGGACCUUGUCAUUGUCAAGAUAGAGGAGGAUCACGGCUGGGAUGAGGAAUCUAGUGUGCAUGAAAAUAACACACCUGGCCAAGAACUGUUUCGCCUACGCUUCAGACAGCUUUGCUACCAGGAGACAUUAGGACCUCGGGAAGCUCUGAUCCAGCUUCGUGCAUUUUGCCAUCAAUGGCUGCGGCCAGACUUGAAUAGUAAAGAACAGAUCCUGGAGCUGCUGGUGCUGGAGCAGUUCCUGACCAUCCUGCCUGAGGAACUGCAGGCUCUGGUUAAGGAGCACCAGUUAGAGAAUGGAGAGGAGGUAGUGACCCUGUUGGAGGACCUGGAAAGGCAGAUUAAUGUCCUAGGGCAACCAGUCUCAACUCGUACACAUGGGCACAGAGUACUCUGGGAUGAAGUCAUACCUUCAAAAUCUGCAUCAGAACCUCCAAGUAUUCACAUCCAGCCCUUGGCCACCAUGCCUAAAUCUCCAGGGCUCCAGAAGCCACAGGACAGAAGAGAGAGGCCAGAUUUCACUUAUAAAGCCAUGUCUUCUUCUCAGAAACCUACUCCUUCCCAGAAAGGAAGUUCUGGAGAUCAGGAGGUGACAGCUAGACUUCUCACUGCAGGGUUCCAGACUUUGGAAAAGAUCGAAGACAUGGCUGUGUCUCUUAUUCGAGAAGAGUGGCUUCUUGAUCCAUCACAGAAGGAUCUGAGUAGAGAUAACAGGCCUGAGAAAUACAGAAACAUGUUCUCCCUGGAUGGUGAGACCAGGAGUGAGAACAAGGAAUUAUUUUCAAAACAGGUAAUAUCUCCCGGAAUCCAGCCACAUGGAGAAGCAACUGCCAAGUGCAACGGGGAUGUUAUCAUGGGUCUUGCGCAUGGAGAAACCCAAGACCUUCUGGGCAAAUUAGAGAGGCAGCAGGGAAAUCCCACACAAGAGAGACGACAUAAAUGUGAUGAAUGUGGGAAAAGCUUUGCUCAGAACUCAGGCCUUGUUCGCCACUGGAGAAUACACACUGGAGAGAAACCCUAUCAGUGUAAUGUGUGCAGUAAAGCCUUCAGUUACAGGUCAGCCCUCCUUUCCCAUCAGGAUAUCCACAACAAAGUGAAGCGCUAUCACUGCAAGGAAUGUGGUAAGGCCUUCAGUCAGAACACAGGCUUGAUCCUGCACCAGAGAAUCCACACUGGGGAGAAGCCCUAUCAAUGUAAUCAGUGCGGGAAGGCCUUUAGUCAGAGUGCAGGCCUUAUUUUGCACCAGAGAAUCCACAGUGGGGAGAGACCAUAUGAAUGUAAUGAAUGUGGAAAAGCGUUCAGUCAUAGUUCACACCUCAUUGGACAUCAGAGAAUUCACACUGGGGAGAAACCCUAUGAGUGUGAUGAGUGUGGGAAAACCUUCAGACGGAGCUCACAUCUUAUUGGCCAUCAAAGAAGCCACACUGGGGAGAAACCCUACAAAUGCAAUGAGUGUGGGAGGGCCUUCAGUCAGAAGUCGGGCCUUAUUGAGCAUCAGAGAAUACAUACUGGAGAAAGACCCUAUAAGUGUAAAGAAUGUGGGAAAGCUUUCAAUGGGAACACUGGUCUCAUUCAGCAUCUGAGAAUACAUACAGGGGAGAAGCCCUAUCAGUGCAACAAAUGUGGGAAAGCCUUUAUUCAGAGAUCAAGUCUCAUUCGACAUCAGAGAAUCCACAGUGCAGAAAAGCCUGAAACCACAGGAGUUUAGGGGAAGCUUUGGUUGUAGUUUGAACAUUAUUUGGCAUUAGAGAAACCAUGUAAUAGUGGAAAAGGCUGGUGAAAAAGGGCAGAAACUGUAGCUGUAACAAAGCUAAGAAUAGCACUUGGCUAGUUUGGGCCCAAUCCCUGCUAUGAGUUGAUUAGUUUGACUGCCUUUAGGGACAUCUGAUGACGCAGAGCCUUAGCAGCUCAGUAUAUUCUUCAGAAUAGCAGCAAAUUGCUUAUUGUGACUUGAAACACUAUAUUUUGUCUUUCCUAUGAGUAGCUCUAAGUUUGAGAGAGGCUACUCCUCCAAGCUUUUCUGUUCUUCCCAUUUCCUGUGGUCCCUUUUUGUCAAUAAAUCCUAAUCUGAGAAGCUGCUUGAGUCCAAGGCAACCUCAAUAAGACUAAGAUUUGUGUUUGGCUUUUUAAUAUCCUAGUUAGAAAUUGUAAGACAUUUAAAUUUUUAUUCUAAUACUCCUAGAUGAUAGAUAUCCAUAUUCCUCCACAAACUCAAUGCUAUAUUUUUAACAGCACUGUAGCAUUUUUCUUCAUUUAGAACCUUUACUGACUCCAUUGAGUCCCUGAGCAUCUGUACAUAUUCUUCCACCCCCAGUCUCAGUACCUGUGUCAACAAAGGAAGUGGACGCAUUAGUGAUGAUGGUGGGCGUGAUGGAAAGAAAGAUUACCAUUCCUGACUCCUCUCUAGCACUCCUCACCACUGAGCCAUCUCUCCAGCCUCAAUAACAUUUUAAGGCAAGGUUGCAAGCAUUUAAGAAACCAGAAGCAGUGAUUGCCAUGAGCCAAACUCUAAGUUAAAUAUUUAUCCUACUUAAAAGCCAAUAUCACUACUGCAUGGCCCAUCUGUAGAAGAUAAAAGAGAAAUUUAGGGAACUAACCAACAUAACAUAUCCAGCAAAAGACAAGAUUCUAACCUAUACAGCCUGAUGCUAGAGCCUGUGAUGAUCACUGUGCUUUGCUACCAACUGACUAAACUCCAGCCAGCCAAAUGAAACCAUGUACCCUUGGUCAUAAGACAUACUAGGUAAAAUAAUGUGCAGUGGUAUAGUGUGGAUUCAUUGCAAUUGCUGGAAAAUUGAUUUAAAAUACUGUUUGGGGUGAGACCAUCUUUAGACUUGGAUAUUCUUGAUUCUUAGUACAAAAAAGUUAUUUUCUCAAUAAAACAUGCUUAAAGGAGGGUAAAUCAGUUACAGCAUAGUGAUACAAAUACAUUUCUCUGUAGACUACCUUAAGGAAAUAGGAGUGAGUAGAUUCCAGGUUGGGCAGAUGGAUAGGUAGCAAUAGUAAGCUCAUCCACAGCCUGCAGUGAGGAACCAUUUAAGCUUCUUUCCCGUUUCCAAUCACCAUGUGUGUCCUGCGUUUUUCUUGAUUUUUUUUUCAAGUGUGUUACUCAUUUUAACCCAUUUCUGCCUUAGCUUUUACUGGCUUUUCAUAGUCAACAUUCCACUAAAAUGUACAUGAAAUUGCCAGUGUAUUAAUUAAGACUUUUUAUUUUUGUUGUCCUUCUUAUCUCAUUUAUACUUCAUAAUGUUGAGUUUCCCAAUAUGUGAUGUGAUGUCAUCUUGAGUACUACUGGGUUAUUAGGCCUAUUGGGAGACAGCCAUUGUUGAACUACCUGGACCACAAUUUUGUGAGCCGUUCUGAUACAUCCCCUUUAUAUGUAUUUUUCAUUCUAUAAGUUCUGUUCUUCUACAGAAUACCAAGUAAUACAGAUUUUCAUACCAGAAGUGGUUUUAGAACAAUAGACAUAUUAAAGUGAAUUUUUUAAAAAUUAUUUGGGAUAGGUUUUCCAAUUUGCAAACACCUACAGUUACUGAAGUCUCUCAGAAACUCAGGGAAUAUUGAAAGCCCAUGCUGUGAACUGUUUUUACAAACUUACAGGGACAAAUGCAUUUGAUUAUCCUGAUUGACCAGUUGUGAGAGGCAAGAGAUUUGAUGAGUCUGUAUAUAAAACUUUGGAAAAUUUGUAGAAAAAUAAGAAAAGUUAUGAUGCUUGUUGGUUCCUGUAAGUAUCUCUGAAUAAAUUGACAAAGGAAAAGAAUGCACUGCUUGAUAAAAUUAAUCAACUUCUAGCAUCUCAGAGUACAAUGAAAAGCAACAGUGUACUCAGUGAUAAAGUUGGCCAGCUCCAGAUAUGCAUAAACAAUCUAAAGUCUAAGUGCACCCUGCAAGAGGAUCUUCCCUCCAGCAAUCACAGUUCAAAUUGUGGACAAUCAAACCAAAGCCCUCAUUUAACGUUGGCCAAAUUACAAACAAAAUUGGAGUCCCAGCCUCAGAGAGUGUCUGUGGUUAAAGUAAGAGAGCAUUAAUUAGUAAAGAAUUGGAUCUGUAACUUGGUGUGGAGAUCUGUGGUAGGACCCUGUUGAGGCCCAGAACUUUGAACCCUCAGAUUCCCGUGGGUUUACUUCACCUGAGGGAAUAGUCUCUCUACCCUCAGCAGAAAAUGUACUCUUACCCCUCAAAAAUUGCCUUUUUUGCCUUUGAGGAAAUAAUAAUGGGUAUUUAAGGAAGGUAGUUUCAAAUACCAACUAUGGCCAUGUGACCAGUUGCAGAAAUGAAGAUUACUUUUUCUGUCAUAUUUUGUUAAGAAUGUGUUUGUACAGAUAUUUGUGUUUUCUUUCCUCAAUUUCUUUAUCAUGUAAUGUAACAUCAAUUAAGAGAAUAUCUGUAGUUGCCAAAUUUAAGUUUUGAGAUACCAAAAGAAUGUCCCUUGAGGGACAUUGCCAUUUAUUCUAAAAUUAAUCAUGAAUUUGAGGUAGUACAAGAUACAGUUUUAUCAUGUUAGAUGUAAUUAUGAUCUGAUUAAUUAUGUAAUGCAUUUGCAAUUAUACAUGGGACAGUUAUAUCAUGUUAGGUAUAAUUAUGUCCUGGUUAUUAUUUUCAUUUGGAAAUUAAGCAUAGCAUAAGAUAUGAUUGUAUGUGAAGUUGAUAAGGGGUGGACUUCAGAUAGCUCUUCUUGGUUGUCAGCUUGACUACAUUUGGAAUUUACUGAAGCCAAACUGCUGGGUACACCUGUGAGGAUUUUUUUUUCUUAAUUAAAUCAUUUCAAAUAUAAAAACUUAUUUUCUUUUAAUCUGGAUCUUUUAAGGUGAGAAGAUCCACAUCUAGUCAGGGCCAUACCUUCUAGUGGCAUUCAAUAUAAGAAUGGAAGAAGGAAGCUUUUGCUAUUGUUCCCUUGCUCUUGCUAGUAAGUCCAUGACUUCGCUAGGGUUAGAGCUGACUUUGGAUUCCGGGAUGUUAUGAAGAACAGCUGAGACAUCCAUCCUGAUGGAAUAAAACAACUGCCUGAGUCUAGGGCUUUCCAUUGGUAGACAGCCAUUGUUCGCUCUGGACCACAGCCUGGAAACGACUCUGUUAAAUUCCCUUUCUCUGCAUAUGUGUAGAUUCAGUCUAUAAGGUCUGUUCUCUAGAGAACCUUGAUUAAUGCACAUAAUUCAAGAGUUCUCCUUUCUUUCUCUUACAGUAUUUUUAGGUCAUUUUUCCUCUAUAGCUGGCUCUUGUUUAUUAGUCUUUUUUGUCCUCUAUACUAAAAAUAAUCUCUGUAUCCAGUUUUUACUCACUUUUCUGUGUCCCUACUUACCUGUUUUGCUACUUCAUGUAUUUUAAUAACUUUGUGUUUUCCACUUUGUAUGUCAUCUCACUGCUUGGGGGAUUUUCCUCAGGUACCUACAUAACCUGAUAUUUGAAACCAAAACUCACCAUUCUUCUCCCUCAAUUUGCAUUUUCUUUUGAAAUAAACAUCAUUGCCUAAUUGUUGUACCCUAAAAUAGAAUCAUUGCCUUUUGUAUUCUCAUCCCAGCCUUGAAGUUACCAUGUCUUCCUUUUCUGCCUUCCAUUCUCCUGGUCUUGAACCUUUUGAUCUUGCUCAUAUUCUUCUUGAGGUUUGUUUUUGUUGUUGCAUAGUUUUUGUUUUAUAUUUCUACCAUAACUUUAUAGCCUUCCACAUAGGUCUACAUCAUGUAAGCUCAGGUCACUAUGAUUUUCUUCAGUUGCCUUCCAGAAUAUCCAACUUACAUAACACUUCGAAAAUGAUCUUCAGUCUCCAUUUUCAUGGUAUCUCAUUUUUACUCAGCCACCAGCAGAUAAUUCUCACCAGUGUUCCAUAACUUUGUUUUCCAUUCAAGCCUCAGCUUUCAUUACUCUCAAGCAUGUUUACCUUGGUGGAUCACAUUCAAACCUCCUACAGCUUUCUAGUGUUAUCUUACAAGCCUUUGACUCUGUGCCUUUCUCUCAUUGUUGUUGUUGUUAUUAUUAUUAUUUGCUUAGAUUACUCUUUGGCUGUACCUUCUGUUCAAAUUUGCUCCCUUCAUGUCUUUUGAGACAGCAACUCCUGAUUGAGUUCACCUCACAAUAGCAUCUUCCCCUGCCUGAGCACAUAACUUUCAAGUUUGUACUGUGAUCCAUGCACUCACUAAUACCUUGCUCUGCAGUUAUUUUCUAGCAGUCUGUAUAAUAGUUUCACAUCUAUUAUUUCCAAGAUUAAACUGUAAGCUCCCUGAGGGCAGGGAUGAUAACUGUAACAUUUGUAUCACUGCACUCUCUUUAGUGCCUAGUACAGUGCUGAGCACAUAGUAGGUGUUUAAUAAAUGCUUGUUAAAUUAU